AAAGUUAGGUACUUGUUGAGGUUAUUAUACCCACCAUAUCCGUGUAUGGUUUUCAGCCAGUAUUAUGAAGUCAACGAUUUUGGAAACAUGAUACUACAAUAAUAUAUAGGGAUCAACCACAAUUCUAUAAAGAAGCUCAAGGUGGAGCUAAAAUUAAGAGCACGGGAAAGAAAGGAUCAAUUCAUCUGGUCGAAAAAAAUGAAGUUGGGAAUGGCGAGAGGGGAAGUUUGUCUAAGGGUCUCAGCAAUACUGGUUUUGGUAUUAACAGCAUGUUUGGUUGCUUUAGAUACCCAAACCAAGGUUGUGUUCAUAUCUAUUGAGAAGAAGGCUACAUACAAAGACUUGAACGCUCUCAAGAUCUUGGUGUAUGUUACAUGUGCGGCUGCUGGUUAUAAUCUGCUUCUAUUGUGCAAACACUCCAUUUGGUCUAGAAAAAACUUCAAAGGGUCUUAUCUAUGCAUGGCUUGGAUUUGUUUCUCGUUGGAUCAGAUCGCUGUGUACAUGACAUUUGCUGCAAACACUGCAACAAUGGGAGCCGCGGUGCUAGCAAUAUCUGGAUCAGAGGCCUUUCAGUGGCUAAAGGUAUGUGACAAAUUCACAAGAUUCUGCGUCGAAAUAGGAGGAGCUUUGUUAUGCGGCUAUGCAGCGUCCAUGUUAAUGGCUCUAAUAUCAACUAUCUCAGCCUACAAAGUGUUCAGGAUGUACUCACCAAAGUGGUUCUUGCGUUUGAAGAGCGCGUGAUCAUUAUCUAUCUUUCAAGUCAUGCUUAAUUUGUAUUCUGUGAAGUUUGCAACAAGGAGCAAAAUAUAUAUGAAGAAAAGCUAGUCAAAGGGUGGUAUAUAUAGUUUGCCUUUUUUUUGUUCUCAAAUGCUAUUAGGCUGAUGUAUUUUCCUUCUCUUUUUUACUUGUGUGUAGUUUUUCCUGCCUAAAGUACGUACUUACUCUUUUUCCAGUGAAAGAAAUAAGCAAAAAAAAAAAAAAAAGAAAUAACAAAAAUAGGGGAUGAAAAAUAGAAUGAAAAAAAAAUGUUUAUUAUUUUUAUGGAUAAAAAUAGAAAAAAAAAACAUAAAUGAAUUUAGUCCUUGACUCCUUGUA